UCACCUCAAGACGCACUACGAGGGCCCGAAGCAGAAGGCGAAAGCGAGACAAGCCUUAACGACCUGCCGUCAGGAACGAGGUUCCAUGUUCGUAUCGCAAAACCCUCUACUGUCGAGGAGGCUCUGGCGGAGGCGGAGCGAGUCGAGGAACUCCUUUCUGAAGCUUCGGCGGACCGUCUUAUUCACCCAUCGCACCCGCCGGUGCCCGUGACAGUAAGUUCAGUGACUCCCGUUGUCCAAUCCUCAGGCGUAGUUUCCGGUCAGGUGCUAACCGUGUUCGUUUUCAGGAACCAGGGAUGCGACGUUCCCAGCGUAUGGUAUUUUCUGAUAUUUACUGUUAUUUUUGUGGAGGACGCGGACACUUGGCUUCUGAGUGCGCGACGAGGAGACGACAACGGCAACAGAGAGGUCAGUCUUCUUGACGUAGUGAUUCUCGCGAUAGCUCUCGGACGCGUUAUCGUUCUCCUUCUCCUCAAUCUCAUCUUAUUAUCGUACUCCUAA